CACUUGACUUGUGGGUUGUUGGUGUAUUUUGUCUCGUACAGCGACCUUUAUUUUGUGCAAAGAGUCUAAACGGAACUUUUAAUUGAAUGAAUGAUUAUUAUAUUAUAUAUUGAUAUUUUAUUGUAUCUUGUUUUCUCGUGGGGAAAUUCUGCCUACCACACAUACUCUCUCAUACUCUCAUACUCUCUCUCUCUCUCUCUCGCCCUCAGUAGGUGGAUGGAUGUGUGUACGCGCGCGCCGUGGCUGAUGUUGUGAAGCGUGUUUUUACAAUCAGUUUCUGGACGCGUGCGCGCGCGCUCAACUGUCUCUCUCUCUCUCUCUCUUUCUCUCUCUCUCUCCCUCGCUCUCUCUCACACGCACGCGCGCGCUCACACACUCUCAGCUCACACUCGAGCGGGUUGGAGGAGCUGCGCCGCGCGACUCUCCGGGACGAAAAGGAGGCUAAACCGAACGGCGUUCUCUCCGUCUUCUCUCUUCUCUUCUCUUCUCCUGCUCCUUCUCUGCUCCUCUUCUCUCACUCGUACGCGCUGGUGCUGGUGGGCUCGCGGGGCUGGAGGAGGUGAGGCGAUGGCGCGCGGGACGGAGCUGCUGCUGCUGGGACUGGCAGUAGUGGUGGGAAGUGUGGAGGUCCAGAGAGAGAGAGAGCACGGUGUUUCCUACACAACGCUUCAGGGCAUGGCACAGGCUGAUGAUGUUACAGUGGAGGUGUUGAGAAGGAGGCGGUGGCUUGUGUCAGAGCCCCGCCCAAUGACCAAUAACAGAGCCAGUCAGGAGAGUGCAGAGGAUUUACCUGGAGUGCUGGACGACAGUGAGGCAGACAACAGCUCCCAGAUAGAGGAGGACACAGACCACAACUACUACACGUCUAAAACCUACGGCCCCAACGACCCCAUGAGCAAAGAAUUAUGGGUAAACAUCGAUCAGAUGGACAAGGAGAAAGUGAAGAUCCACGGAAUCUUGUCCAACACACACAGACAAGCAGCGCGGGUCAACCUGUCGUUUGACUUCCCCUUUUAUGGCCAUUUUCUGAGGGAGAUCACCGUGGCAACAGGCGGCUUCAUCUACACUGGAGACGUCGUACACAGAAUGCUGACGGCCACACAGUACAUCGCACCACUCAUGGCGAACUUUGACCCCAGUCUGUCCCGAAAUUCAACCGUCAUUUACUUCGACAAUGGGACUGCACUGGUGGUUCAGUGGGAUCACGUUCACCUUCAGGAUUCGUACAGUCUGGGCAGCUUCACCUUCCAGGCUACACUGCACAGCGACGGCAGAAUCAUCUUCGCCUACAAGGAGGUUCCAAUUCAAAUCACUAAGAUCAGCUCCGUCAACCAUCCGGUGAAGGUGGGGCUUUCUGACGCCUUUGUGGUGGUCCACAGAAUCCAGCAGAUACCCAAUGUUCGGAGGAAGACCAUCUAUGAGUAUCAUCGUGUGGAGCUGCUCAAGAACAAAAUCACAAACAGCACAGCUGUGGAGAUGAUGCCUUUGCCCACCUGUCUACAGUUCACAAGCUGCUCCACCUGCAUUGCUGCAGAGAUCAACUUCAACUGCAGCUGGUGCCACCGGCUCAACAGAUGUUCCAGUGGCUUUGAUCGCCAUCGGCAGGACUGGGUUGACAACAGCUGCCCAGAUGAGACGAAGGAUAACACGUGUGACAUCAGCACCACUCAGUUCCAGUCCUCCACCGCAGCAGCAGUGACGAAAGCAACCACCAGAAACAGAGCGGCUACAGAGGCAGACUCCACCCAGACCACCUCACACCCCCCCACCAGCGCACCUACCGAAGAUGACACCAAGAUUGCUCUUCAUCUCAAAGACAAUGGAGCUGCGGCAGCAGAGAGUACAGCAGAGCGCGACACACACCCUCUUCACACAGGCCUGAUUCUGGGAAUGCUGCUGCUGAUGCUGGUGAUGAUGGCUGUCGUCCUGGUGACCGUCUACAUUUACCACCGUCCCAGCUCUGCCGCCGGCAUCUUCUUCAUUGAGCGACGGCCCAGCCGGUGGCCUGCGAUGAAGUUCCGCCGUGGUUCAGGUUAUCCAGCAUACGCCGAGGUGGAGCCUGUCGGGCAGGAAAAGGAGGGCUUCAUCGAGUCCGAGCAGUGCUGAGGUCUCAACAUUUGACCUUCCGAGCCCACACACUGCCCUGCUUCCUCUUCAAAUUCACUUGUCCAAUUAACAACUGAAAUUUCCCCGUUUCAUCUUCCCCCCAAAUAUGAAACGACAGUAUGGAGCUAAAAUGGUUCCUGAGGAAGUGACAGAAGCAAUUAGUCCGUUUCAGUAGCGUGAAUAAAAAACGAGCCCCGACUGGAUCAGACGAAGAAGGUUUGGCCCUCAUUUGUGAACUGCAGGCUGGUAUCUGACCUAGGAACCGCACUCCAAGCCUCAAUCCCACUGGAACACAUUCUGAUCUUGGAGCAGAUGAAUGGAGCGCAGUUUGAAGCAUCAUGUUCCAAUCGGAUACGUCUUUUCCUUUCGCCACCGAGGAAAAUCUUUUGACGAUGUCCAAAAACCGCUUUAAAAGGCAAAUCAGAGAUGUACAUCUCCAAUUUAUGGUUAGGAGAACAUAUUUAGAGCUUUCUAUAUCUUUGAAAUGGGGUUCUGGGUGUUAUAUUUUCACAUUGAUGUUUUUUUUUUCCUCUCUCUUUGAUUUCUCAGUUUGUAUUUCAGUUUUUGGAGGAAUAGGUAUGAAGACUUUAGUAUACAGAUUUUCUUGCUUACAUUUUUAAUGCAGUUGCUUACGAAAAAAAAAUAUUGUGCUUUCAAUUUCUGCUACAACUGGGAAAGGUUUGCUUACUGUAACCAAUCCAAUCUGCCAACAGUACAGUACUGCUCAACUUUUCCAUGCCUAGAGCCGAACCAUAUUUUACAUUUUUGCACAGAUCCUUUUAAUGCACAUAUAUUAUUUUUUUAUUUGUUUGGGAGUUCUUUGUGUUACUAAUGCAAAAAGUUACAAGACAGGCGCUUGUGAGAUUGUGUACUUUUGUGUCCUGUGUGUGUAUAAAUGUGUGUGAUCUUAUGUUUGGAUGCAUUUCCUUUUUUCUUUUUUUUCUGAUUUACAUUUUGGACCGACUGCGUUCAUUUGUAAUAUGAGACACUGAUUGGACAUUUUUUGCAUCCUAUUGCAGAUGUUACAGGUUUUGAGACUAAUUUCGCCACUUUGCAUUCAUAUUCAAAGGCUUUAAUGCAAGAUAAUAUCCUGAAACAGACGUGCCAGUGACCACUCCAGUGAGAAUAUAUCUUUGAUAUAUGUCCAUGUGUAACUACGUAUAUACAUAUGUAAUCCUGGCGAUGUUGAAAUAUUAUGUUUCCGAAUUCUAACAGUGUUCUUAUUACACUGCUGGAGUGUUUAUAGGGACUGGAUGAUUGUAAAAGCCCUCAAGAUCAUUUGUGUAGUUUAGGCUUUACUACUUCAAGGUACUAAUGGGGACUGAAUUCCAAUAAUUUUUGCAGUCAUCUUCAAUAGCAAUAUCUUAUUAUAAACUGUAAAGUGACAGUUUUAAUACGUCUCACUUCAUUCAUAUAAUCAACUAUAGUCAUAGCACAUACUACUAAUACAUAUUGAAAUAAUUUGCAAGUGUUUGGGUAUUAUCAAGACCAAAGACCCCGAUGGUAUCGCUGCAUCAGAACUACUGUUUACCUUAUUAUCUUUCUCUGAUACACACACACACACACACACACACACACACACACACACACACACACACACAGACUCUAAUUAUGUCCAGGAAUGAAUAUGAGGGUCUGAAUUACAUAAAAUAAAACAGAAGAACAAAAGGUUGUCUGUAAAUAAAAACAGUGAACAAAAAGAGUUCAGAUGCCCACAAAAAUUCUAUAGGUCUAUAUUUUUUUAGCCAUGAAAUUCAGAACCACCUGUUAAUGGUCAACCACAGCCACCAGAGGAAACUGUAUCCCCAUUUUACUAGAAUAUGUAAUAUCUGCGAAGUCAGCUUGCUCUGCUUUGCGAUUGUCAUUGCUGUUUGUUUUUGUUUAUUUUUUGUUUAUCACCUUUUUCACUGAACUCAUCUGAUUAAUUCCACCCAACUUUAACUCUGUGAGUGUGUGUGUGUGUGUGUGUGUGUGUGUGUGUGUGUGAGUGCACCUGACAUUAAAUCCUGAAGUGGAUGACUAUUUUGUGAAAUAAUCACAAAACAACAAAUGGUUGACAGACGAGGACAAUAUUUGCGCUCAUCGGCAGACUUUGCUCUCAAUUGGAGGCACAUUAGGAUUUUUGAUAAUCAUGUCAUGAGAGUCACGACCCGCUGAGAGCUGCUGAACGACAUGCCGCUGUAACUCUGCGUGCUCCUCUGUAACUACUGUCAUUUUGAUUACAUUUUAAAGUAAUAAAGUUGUUUAAACAAGG